GAAUGAUUGGCUUGGCUGGACCUGAAUGAUGCGGCUGUGAUUGCUGAAUUGUCUGGGCAGGAACUGGAAUUUCUGGGACACUCCCCUGACCUGUCACCCCUCUAGAGAGGAAGCAGAGGGGAGGCCUGCUUUCUCCAGGAACCGCUGGUCACAUCCCCAUCGGCACUCCUGAAUGCCCGACUUAACUGCCGUCAACAUGGAGUUCUGAGGUCCAUGUGGCUCCUCGCAGUGAACAAGGUGUUAAGGAAAAUGCAGAGACGCCACAGCAGCAACACGGAUAACGUUCCACCUGAAAGAAACCGCAGCCAGGCUCUCAGCUCCGAGGCCAGCGUGGAUGAAGGCGGCGUCUUCGAGAGUCUGAAGGCAGAAGCGGCCGCCCCGCCAGCGCUCCUCUGUUUUUUUUCCGCCACCCCCUUCCCAUCCAGUCUGGUGCUGGGCUCCUCCGCAGGUGGCGGGGACGUGUUCAUCCAGAUGCCGGCGUCCAGGGAGGAAGGUGGGGGCCGGGGCGAGAGCGGCCCCUACCACCACCGCCAGCCCCACCACCACUUCCACCAUGGCGCGCACCGCGGGAGCUCGCUGCUGCAGCACGUGGGCGCCGAUCACCGCGGCCACGCGGAGGAAGGGGGCGAUGAGCAGCCAGGGACGCCGGCCCCUGCCCUGUCCGAGCUCAAGGCUGUGAUCUGCUGGCUCCAGAAGGGACUCCCCUUCAUCCUGAUCCUCCUGGCCAAAGUGUGCUUCCAGCAUAAACUCGGCAUCGCCGUGUGCAUCGGGAUGGCCAGCACCUUCGCCUAUGCCAACUCCACGCUCCGCGAACAGGUUUCUCUGAAGGAGAAAAGGUCGGUGCUGGUCAUCCUGUGGAUCUUGGUCUUUCUGGCGGGGAACACCUUGUAUGUGCUCUACACAUUCAGUUCCCAACAGCUGUACAACAGCCUCAUUUUCCUGAAGCCUAACUUGGAGACUCUGGACUUCUUUGACCUGUUGUGGAUCGUGGGGAUCGCAGACUUCGUGCUGAAGUACAUCACCAUUGCCCUCAAGUGCCUCAUCGUGGCCCUGCCCAAGAUUAUCCUGGCGGUCAAGUCCAAGGGCAAGUUCUAUCUGGUCAUCGAGGAGCUGAGCCAGCUGUUCCGAUCGCUCGUCCCCAUCCAGCUGUGGUAUAAAUACAUCAUGGGUGAGGACUCCUCCAACAGCUAUUUCCUCGGGGGAGUGCUGAUCGUCCUCUACAGCCUCUGCAAGUCAUUCGACAUUUGUGGCCGUGUGGGUGGAGUUCGGAAAGCCCUAAAGCUCCUCUGCACCUCUCAGAACUACGGAGUCCGAGCCACUGGGCAGCAGUGCACAGAAGCUGGGGACAUCUGCGCCAUCUGUCAGGCUGAGUUCCGAGAGCCUCUGAUUCUCCUGUGCCAGCACGUGUUCUGUGAGGAGUGCCUGUCCCUGUGGCUGGACCGUGAGCGCACCUGCCCGCUCUGCCGCUCCGUGGCU